UUUCGUUUAAAAAGGAAACCAUAGUUUAAUAGGGAGUUUUUUUAAGAAAAUUCAUUUUAUAGAAGCUUGAUUAAACGUAGUGCUUCCUGGAAUUAUUUUUUCUUUGGUUGAAAUAAACAUAAUUAGUUACUUCUGGGCCAGGACAUUUGGCGUCUUAAAAAACAAGGCAAAAUCUUACAAAUUUAGCUGUUUGCCCAAAAGCAAACAACCGAAAAGGGCCCAAAACCUCUCAAAAAUCAUGAAUUUUUAUCCACCCCAAAAGUUCCCAAAUAUGUAUAGACCACCAAAAAAUUGGGUACACGAAAAAACAGUUAAAAUCUCCCAAAAUAAUGGAAAAUUACCUCAAGAACGGCCUAAAAAACUAACAAAAUACCUUGUUUUUACACACCCCAAAAUGGCUUUUUACUUCUGGACCAGGACAUUUGGCGUCUUCAAAAAACAAGGCAGAAUCUUAGAAAUUCAGCUCUUUACAAAAAUUUCACUUAAUUUUGUACAUCCCUGUUUUUUCAACACACAAAACGGUGAAAUGCGUGUCACUUAUUUUUUUCACAUUCUAUAACAUAUCUCAAAUUUACGAAAAUCAGAAACAAUGGUUUUAAAAGUGUUCGUUUUGUAUCAGAAAAAACUUUUAAUCGCAAAAAACUUGGCAACCUCUGACAAGUCUUUCUGUCAUUUCCCAACAAAACGUGUGAAAAUUUUCGCAAUGAACAAAUCAAAAUUCGGCUGUUUUUUCAAAAUUUCACGUGUUUGUCGUUGCACCAUCAAGACUCAACCUUAUCAGUUUUUUAUACCGAAUCGUCGCGAACACGUUUACAAAAAAGCGAUACAAGAAUGCAUAAAAGCCGGCGAAAUUAUGAAAAAAGUCAAUCAAAUCACCUACUCGAAAUAUCCAAAAGUUUCCAUAAAUCCCUAUUUUAAUCGGUUUUUAAGUGAUGAAGGGGAUUUUUGUCGCAAUUAUGAUGAGAAAAACAGGAAUUUUUUGUACAAGACGGACUGUGGAGGCGAUUUUACGAUUACGAAAGUCGUUGUGGGGGACUUUUUGAGGGACACCAGGAGGGAAAAGUCCACAGACAGGCCGUCUUUUGACAAUCCCUGUGAUAAGUACAAAGAUAAGUGCGGGAAGAAAGAGGAUCCGUGUAAGAAAAAAGAAGAUCCUUGCAAGAAAAAAAAAGAGGAUCCCUGUAAAAAGAAGGAAGAUCCCUGUAAAAAGAAGAAAGAAGAUCCGUGUAAAAAGAAGGAAGAUCCUUGUAAAAAGAAGAAAGAAGAUCCGUGUAAGAAAAAAGAAGACCCUUGUAAGAAAAAAGAGGAUCCCUGUAAGAAGAAAAAAGACGAUCCUUGUAAGAAAAAAGAGGAUCCCUGUAAGAAGAAGAAAGAUGAUCCCUGUAAGAAAAAAGAGGAUCCCUGCAAGAAGAAAAAAGAUGAUCCUUGUAAGAAGAAGAAAGAAGAUCCGUGUAAGAAGAAGGAAGAUCCCUGUAAGAAGAAGACAGAAGAUCCUUGCAAGAAGAAGAAAGAAGACCCUUGUAAGAAGAAGCCUAAAUCUUGUAGCGCCCUUGAAACAACCCCUUGUGAGAAGAAGAAAGAGUCAAAAUCAUAUCCCGUAAUUAAUGGCCCUUGUCCUGAGUCAAAUAAGGACUGUUGUGGGGCAAAUGAAGACUGUCAAGAAUUACCGAAUAUUUUGGACGAUGUUGACGUCCUAGACCCCACAAAACUCUCAAUGGCUGAGGAAACUUUCGGUGAAGAUUACAAAAACAAAGAAUAUCACGCGUAUACAAAUUUCGCGUUCUACGAUAUGAACUCAUAUCUGAGUUGUCAACGUAGCGAAAAACCGGAAGAAAAGGACUCCGGUGAUAAGUGUGAUUAAAAAUUAUCAAAAAUGAAUUUAUUACACACAAUGCAAACAAU